GACUUCACACCAAUCAAUCAAUAUGGUCCUAGGACAUGUCAACGUUGUAAUGUCAAAUUUGACAUGUCAGUGGCUUUUGAAUAUGUCCGUGGCAAGGAUGGCUCAGGUCGUCUAUGCUGUCCUGGCUGUGCAAAGCAUUACGCUGAUCGCAAGGCUGCUGAGUUAAUGCCAAACAGCACAGGUGUCGGCAAGUUUUUACAUUUUACGAGUGGAAUGGGAGCAUCAAGGCAUGCACUUGUAAAAGCUACAUCUGCAGCACAGCGGGGUGAACAAUUUUUCCCGAGUCAGCGCUUCAGCUCUAGCAUGACUACUACCAGUGGCAGUGGGAAAAUGCUUCCACCGCCUGCUCCAGUCUCCCGUGAGUACUAUAUUUUAAAUGACCCCAUUAGUUCCUUGUCUGACAUGGAGUCAGUCAAUACACUACUACGUCCGACUGAUGUACCAGGUGGCUACACCUCCAACCAUCGACUCUACAAUGAGCAUCGUGGCAAGAUGCUUCUUGCGGCAUCAUCCACACGUGUCCAAACGGUCACAAUUCGAGCUGCAAUUCAUCAUUUGAAACCCGAAGGCAAAUCUGGAACCUUACUGGUUGGGGUACUCACCCUGGAAAGUCUCGAAAUGCACAAAUCGCCCAUGAUGAUUCUCUUUGACCCAAGAGAGCCCUUAAAUGAUCCUGACGCAAUGGUGCUUCAGGACUUCUUCCUUCACUCGACAGCCAAAGAUCCGGUUCCGAAGUUUCAUGCUAGCACAAAGGUUGCUAUUCUUUUAAUUAUGACUCAUGCACAGUAUGAAAGUGUUCAGCUUUGGAGGGAGCAAAUUGAUGAGUCAGUGAGUGUAUUUCUAUUAAUUCAAUGUUCAAGUGACUCGGACGUUGCUAAAACCAUGUUUAGCGCUUUGAUAAUACCAGCACACACGCAGCAUCACAUAUCACACAGGCAGGUGUACAUGUGUCAUCACAUACUACCAACUGACCAAUUUUUGAAGAGCCAACAUUCGAAGAAACUACGUAGCCCCAGCUCAACUAGCCCAUCUAGUAGCCGUGGCACUGAAAUAUCUGUCAUUCCUGAAUCUACUAGUAGUCUGACGGACAUGUCCACAUCGGUCGUGACGACAGCCCUUCCCAGCCGCAUCAGCAGUGCCAUUGUGUUUCCUGAAGCUUCGCAGCUUUGCCUGCUACCUAGCCAACAACAACUCAUGGCUGCCAUGGAGGCGCAAGGCAGCAUUCGAAAACAAGCCUCAGCUACUAUUUUGAUUCAUUCAGCCAAGUAUCAAUCAAGCACUUUCCGAGUGUAUGGCAUUCGCUCCGUCAAAUUCCAUGACAUUGUCACCACUCCACUCAAUAUCACACACUCUCGUUUUGACCUUGUUUUGAUAUCGGUUGAUUCUGAUCCAAAGUCGAUGAUCGGUGCUGCCGGAAGCUUCAAGACUUGUCAUCCUGCUCUCUUGCACACAGCCUCAUUGACACCAACUACAUCCACGUCCGAUGAACCAUCCUUGCAGGCCACCAUCUUCACAGCGAGGCAAGUGGUAGCUAAGCGUGUGUUCUUCCGAAAAGGUGAAGGGAAGAAGCGUCAUAGGUUCUCCAAAGAAGAUGAGUUGGGGAAGACACUUGAUGAAGCUAACUGCCUAUACUGGGCUACGUGCUUGAUGUCCCUCGUCUACAUCUUCGUUGAUGAAAUGAUCGAGACAAAAACAGUAAAGGCUGCUGUUGCAGAUCAGGUUCCUCGUCUUCGACUUGUGCAUGCUGCAGUUGCAAUCCCUGACGAUACUUCUGAUCAUGCUGGAGCAGCAACAUAUCUAUUGGAGGAAAGGAUCGAGGGCAAGUUUAUCAAGUAUAUCAAUAAUAACUCCGCUGUUCCCACUUAUCAUUUGCGGGGGUUUGAGGAGAAAAUUGGACUGUUCCUGUGCUUUGCACAACACGUACAGCAUCGCCUCACAAAUGAGGUCGUCUAUCUAUCUGAUUUUCAAGGAUCUGGGAAUCUUCUCACUGACUGCCAAGUCAUGACCGGACCCGAAUAUUCAGCUAACUUUGGCGAAGGAAACUGUACCGAGGCAUUUCAUGCCUUCAAGUCUACACAUAAAUGCAACUUCUAUUGUCGUGCAUUCGGUAUG